AUGGUAGGUACUGUCAGAUAAGAAAAGCCAUGGGUGACAAAUGAGGGGCAGGUCAGAUAGAAUAAGGCCAUUUGUGACAAUUGGGGGCCAGGUCAAGUAAGAAAAGGCCAUUGGUGACAAAUGGGGGGCAGGGCAAGUAAGAAAAGGCCAUUUGUGACGAAUUGGGGCCAGGUCAGGUAGAAAAAGGCCACUUGUGAGAAAUGGAGGGCAAUGUCAGCCUGCAGCGUGGGUGCCAAAUACUCACUGAACCAACUGGGGAAUAUGUGCCGUGUGGCUAAGCUCUGCUGCCAUGAUCUCGGCAUCACAAAGAAGAACAUGUGCAUCUUUGAGGUGGAUUAUCUGUGCAACUACAAGAAGAUUGAUGAUAAAGAGUACUACCUGGUCAAGUGGAAAGGUUACCCCAAAUCCGAAAACACUUGGGAGCCACGCCGGAACCUGAGAUGCGCUGCCACCUUGAAGCAGUUCCACCGAGACUUGGAGGGAGAGUUGUUCCGCCGCAGUAGGCGGCGGCCCCGGGUCUGGCCCCCUCGCCACCUGGAUGCCGCUAUCCUCAGUUUUCUGGAGCAGAAGGGCGAGCAGCGCAAGGCCCUGCGGCGUUGGGAGAAGGAGCUGAAUCUCGCACGGGCUCACAAGGGCUCCAUCGCAGUGGAAAACGAAGUGGACUUAUUUUGGCCCCCGGAGGACUUCACCUACAUCAAUGAAUACAGAGUGACCGAAGGGAUCACUCUGGACCAGGUGACCACUGGCUGCAGAUGCAAGAACUGUCUGGAGUCCCCAGUCAACGGCUGCUGCCCUGGCACGAACCUCAACCGAUUUGCCUACAACAUCCAAGGUCAGGUGCGGCUGGAAGCUGGUCAGCCCAUCUACGAGUGCAACUCGCACUGCCUCUGUGACAUGCAGUGCGCCAACCGCGUGGUCCAGAGAGGCACCUACUACAACCUGUGCAUCUUCCGCACGGACAAUGGACGGGGCUGGGGCGUCCGCACCCAGGAGAAGAUUCGCUGCCACACCUUUGUCAUGGAGUAUGUGGGUGAGAUCAUUACCUCUGAGGAGGCAGAACGGCGUGGGCGGGUCUAUGAUCGCCAGGGGAUCACCUACCUCUUUGAUUUGGACUAUGUGGAAGAUGUCUACACAGUGGAUGCAGCACAUUUUGGGAACAUCUCCCACUUUAUCAACCAUAGCUGCUGCCCCAACCUCCAGGUCUACAAUGUCUUCGUUGAUAAUCUGGACCAGCGCCUUCCACGAAUUGCCUUUUUUGCCACCCGAACUAUCCGGGCAGGCGAGGAGUUAACCUUUGACUACAACAUGCAAGGUUGUGCGGUGGACCUGGUUCACAUGGAAAGCAUGCGUAUGGAUUCUAACUUCGGUCUGGCUGGUCUCAUAGGCUCUCCCAAGAAGCGGGUGCGGAUUGCGUGCAAAUGUGGAGCUGAAUUCUGCCGGAAGUACCUCUUCUAAUGCCGUCACCUUCGUUUUCCUGACAGCCCUGGACAGUCGUGGGCCAGCCCCCCGCCCCGCCCCGGUCUCUUGCUCAAUUUGAGGGGGAGCCAAAGAUCUACCUUUCAAGGCAGAAAACUUACUGCCCACCCCCUUCCCCCUUUCCCUUGGGCUGCAGGGGGAGGGGGCAUCCAGAGUUUACCUACCCUAGCUGCCCAUUGCCCUUAAACAAUUUAAGUUGAAUUUUCCCGGUUGAUGAUAAUGUUUUCAGUCCCCUGCUGGGGAUGCUCGGGAAGUGGAUCUCUGCUGCUUCCUGAGGUUGUGAUGAUCAAUCCAUCAACUGAUGAUUUCAACAGUAUUGGAGCCGUUUCUCAGAUUAUAUAAUACAUUGGUUUGUGUUCUUUAUGUGAUCUUUGUUUUGCCGCUUCGUCUGCAGGGUGAGCCCUUGGUCGGGGAGGGAAGGGGCGGGUGGGGACGGGACA